AGACGCAGGACAGAGCAGCUAUCCAGUCCAAUCCACUCGGACGGACAGUUCAUCGUCUCCCUCGCCUCAGGGCUCCGGCUGCCGCCUCCGGAAAUCGCACAUUGGCGCAGGGACCAUGGCGGCCGCGGCCGGGCAUUGCGCUAGGGCGAACAUGUGUCCUAUGACCUUCGAAUGCGGCGCUAUCACAGCCUCAAGAGUCAAGCUCGCCUGCCCGUCCGAGCCAACUCCACUACACACAAAAAUCCGAGAGCUCGGUCGGUUAAUUCGGUAUCCUCGAGACUCUGUCCUUUCCCCACGGUCAUCCUUCAAGGGAGUCCGAGCUUGCAGACGACUGUCCGAUGGCAGGGGUGGACGAUGGACCGCCCGCCACUGCUCUCCUGCAUUUUCAAGCGCACAUCCAUCGACUAUGGAGCGUGAUACGGUGGACCAAGCAGUGGAAGGACAUAGGCCUCGGCAGCCGUCGAGUCUAGAAGAUGAUGCUUAUCGUGCUGGUUUGUCAGAGAAGGAAAUCGAACGAAGGCGCAAGAUUGGCGCUGCAAACAAGGGGAAGGCUCCCUGGACAAAAGGGAGGAAAUUAAGCAUAGAGCACAGGCAGCUCAUCAAGCAGCGCACCAUCGAGGCACUGAGUGAUCCCAAGGUUAAGAAGAAAAUGCUAGGGCAUCGCCAAUUGCAUAGGCAAGCGAGCAAAGACAAAAUAAGUGCUGGACUGAGAAAGGUAUGGGAGAGGCGAAUUGUUUCUGUCAAGUCAAGACAGAUGAUCCUUCGGAUAUGGUCAAAUAGUAUCGCUGAAGCAGCAAAAGAAGGUGGCCACAUGCAAGAUGAGAUGGACUGGGACAGCUAUGACAAGAUAAAGUCUGAGAUGAUAUCUGUUUUCCUAUGGAACAAAGAGAAGGGGCGGAUAAUCAAGAAGCUCAAGAGGGCAGUGAAAAAAAUUGUAGCCAAGAAGCUUCAAGCAGCAGAGAAGAUGGAAAUGCAGACCAGAAGGGCAAAGAAGGCGAAACCUCCUGAGAAGCUGGUGCUACAAAAGCCAGAUGCUCAGCCGAGGCGGGUGUUGGCUUCUACAAGAUCAAAGCUCAAAGAGAGGCUAACCAAGUGGCAUGGUCGCAAAAAGGAACUCGAGAUCAUGAUAAGCUCACGUGUAAGGAAAGGUGGAGGGCCGCGGAAGCCGGCGGCCGUGAGGCGGAGGCCGGUGGAGAGGCGAGCCGAGGUGGACCUGGUGAAAGAGCCUGUGGUUCCCUCAGGCCGGCUGCUGAAGGAGCUCCAUUCGCCUUGCAAGGAUGGGCUCCCCUGCGCCGACACCUGACCUGGACCGAUUGAGCUAGCUCAGGGUAGCAUGUGUGCAUGGAGUUUUGUAUUGAAGUUGACGGUGUCUUGCUUAUCGACCUAUGUGGACGAAGUGAAACAGAUUUUGAACUUCUUCAUUGUCAUUCGGGAUCUUUUGUACAUUCUUUGUUAAUGUAGGAUGCGGCUUGUUGACUGGUGACU